CGGCGGAGGCGGUGGACCGCGGCUCCGCUCACAGAGGUUGCAGCCAUUGCACUGAAGAGCAUCCCACAUUCAACAGGAGGAACCCGCGGGAGAGCAGACCCGACCCCUUCACAACCGCAGCCUGUGCGCCCCGCGGCCCCUCGAGCGCCAUGGCUAAGGAAGGCGUAGAGAAAGCGGAGGAGACCGAACAAAUGAUUGAGAAGGAGACCAGCAAGGAACCUGCUGAGGGCGGCGACGGCUCCCACCGCCUCGGGGAUGCCCAGGAGAUGCGCGCUGUGGUGCUGGCCGGCUUCGGCGGACUCAACAAGCUGAGGCUCUCUAGAAAGGCCAUGCCGGAGCCACAGGACGGCGAGCUCAAGAUCCGCGUCAAAGCCUGUGGCUUAAACUUCAUUGACCUGAUGGUGCGACAGGGCAACAUUGACAACCCUCCCAAGACCCCCUUGGUGCCAGGAUUCGAAUGUUCUGGGAUUGUUGAAGCUCUGGGGGACAGCGUAAAAGGAUACGAGAUUGGAGAUCGUGUCAUGGCAUUUGUCAACUACAAUGCCUGGGCUGAAGUGGUGUGUACUCCAGUGGAGUUUGUCUACAAGAUCCCAGAUGACAUGAGUUUCUCUGAGGCUGCUGCUUUCCCCAUGAAUUUCGUCACCGCAUACACGAUGCUCUUUGAAAUUGCCAACCUCCGCGAAGGCAUGUCCGUGCUCGUGCACUCAGCCGGCGGUGGAGUGGGUCAAGCUGUGGCUCAGCUGUGCUCUACCGUCCCCAAUGUGACCGUCUUUGGAACAGCCUCUACUUUCAAGCAUGAAGCCAUCAAAGAUUCGGUGACCCACCUCUUUGACAGAAAUGCAGACUACGUGCAGGAAGUAAAGAGGAUCUCAGCUGAAGGCGUGGACAUCGUUUUGGAUUGCCUGUGUGGGGACAACACUGGCAAGGGGCUCAGUCUCCUCAAACCUCUGGGGACCUACAUUUUAUAUGGUUCAUCCAACAUGGUAACUGGAGAGACCAAGAGUUUCUUUAGUUUUGCAAAGUCAUGGUGGCAGGUGGAGAAAGUGAACCCCAUCAAGCUGUAUGAAGAAAACAAAGUCAUCGCCGGAUUCUCACUCCUCAAUCUGCUCUUCAAGCAGGGCCGCUCAGGCCUCAUCCGAGGGGUGGUAGAGAAGCUCAUCGGGCUGUACAACCAGAAGAAGAUCAAGCCAGUGGUGGAUUCCUUAUGGGCCCUGGAGGAGAUGCUGAGACAGGAGGAUUACAAACUCAUUAUCUACCUGGACUACAGACUGGAGUUCCAAGAUACCCUGAGAAACGUAGUGAAACCCUGUCUCAAAUUAAAAAGUAAAAGAGGCCAUGCAGCGCAUCCACGACCGAGGGAACAUCGGGAAGUUAAUUCUGGAUGUGGAAAAGACGCCGACCCCGCUGAUGGCCAAUGACAGCACAGAGACCAGCGAGGCAGGGGAGGAAGAAGAGGACCAUGAAGGGGACAGCGAGAACAAAGAGAGGAUGCCCUUCAUCCAGUAAGCCAGACCUCGCAUCGGUGAAAGUGGAGGAUGGCUGGGAAGAAGAUGGCCGCCAGGAGAACUCUUCUGUGCCCCAGUGAACCAAUGCUGUAGUCCAGUGUGUGUCGUGUUUGUCUGCAGUCAGCCAAGCUAAGAAGCUGUUGAUCACUGUUGUGUUUGGAAUUAAGUGCCAAUCCCAUUCCAUGCAGUAUUGUGUCCCUUCCUGGUCUGUGUAUCACGCUCUCCCCUCUCCCUUAAAGCAAACCCAUCCUUCUUUGGGUCCUUCUUGACGGUUCUAGAAUAGCCUUGCAAACUAAUACUGGCCCACAGGGCCCAAGGUCAGAAACCAGGCCACGCUUGAUUGAAAGGUGUUGUCACGGAGCUCUGUUCAGAUCCCCACUCUUCUUCGGGCCAAUGACACUCUUUGCCUGCCAACAAUCAGCCAUGCCUCUAAGCAUGGCACUUACCAGUUUGGCUAGUGACAGGAGAGUAGGCCAGAAGUAUUCACGACCCUAUACAUACAGAUUUCUCCAAGCAGUUACUUUGUCACUUUCCCUCUUAAGUGCUACGUCCCUGCGUGUGUCUCUGCACCUUACGGUCUGAGCCUCUUAUUAACCCUCUUCUCUGGUUCUUAUUUAUAAACCUAGGGAGGCAGAUGUGGGUUCUUUCCUGGAUAGAGGUGGUUCAACAGCGUCUGUCUAAGGGAAAGCUACAGAGAUCUCUCCUCUGAAACCAUAUCCCAUGAGCAAAGUCCCCCCUGUGCCCAAUGUAGACCCAACUCAGAUGUCAUUAAACUUACCUGGGUUCUCACUCGCAGCCUUUGUAGUUACCAACUACUAUUUUAAAGCUCCUUCCCUGGAAACGCCUUUCCCAAGGAAGAGCUCCCUUGAAGACAGUAUUUGGGGUUGAAAAGUCAACUGGUUUCUCUUGCCUAUUCAAAGCCCUUUCUAAUGUGUAACACACACGAGGGACACAGAUGGUGGCUGCCCAUCAUCUGACGACAAGUGCAUGAUCCUCCAACACACAAAACCAUGGUGCUGAUUUGCAGGUUCCUUAGAGGUUGGAGGCCAAACUGCUCAAUCAAAUACCCUGUUCACCAUUCCAGCUUGAAAGGAAACAAUUCUUGUCCUCUCUAAUCGGCUUUGGAAGUAACACCAGUUACCACAGAGGAAGAGGGGUCUCCGCUCUCUGCAGUGAGGCUGUUUAUUGCCUCCCUCCCCAGCCCUUCUGUCCUAAGAGGUCACAAAUCCGUCACUCACAAACAGAGCUAGAUAUAAAAGGCACCCCUGUAAUGAGCACCCCUGAGCUUAUUUUUGUCUUCUGGAAAACCCACGUGGGGUUCCCAUGACCUUGGGUUGGUGUUCCAAGUUUCUAAACGUCCUUGAGGACUUAAGAGGGCUCCAGUGUUGCCCACUUUUUUCUACUUACCACUUCAGGGUAGCCACCAUUUUCCUGUGUGGGCUGGGAAGGAACUUGUCUCCACAGUUCCCCCGCUUGGUUUGCAAAGUAGCCACUCACCUGUCAUUUGUCGUGUUCCUUUAUCUCGAUCCUGAUCUUGUGAUGAUGACUUCUUCAUGCCAAAUAUUUACCUGAAGGGAGUCUUUCCUCUCCGUGACAGGGAAAGUCAAAUAUGAAGAUGAGAAAAGAAGCUACCAGCCAAUAGGCCAAGGGGUGAGAAUAUGCGAAAGAGUGCCAGUCAGAUUCUUAUUUUCCAUCCCUGGGGAGAGAUGCUAUUAACCAUGUAACCAGUCGCAUUUCCACCAUAAGCAUGCUUGAGGAUGGGUAGACCUGAGGACCACUCUCUGAGUGCUAUUACAAGUAUGUAGAAAUAGCCUUUUAGAAAGGCUAAGAUUAGAGUCAGGAAGGUUCGCCUUCAGGAGACACAGAACCUGACCCACAUUCGGAAUCCAGAUAGUCUUGUCCUGUACAACUGAGAAACCUUGGGACGUUAUCUCUCCCCAAACCUGUUUGGUUUGUUUCAUUCUGGAAAACCAUUGAUCACACAUGAAAACCCUCUCCCUCUCCCGAGAACACAGAAAGAGAGCAUCUGAGGGUGAGCAGCGGCACCAUGAAGAACAGGAGGGUGGGUGGGUGAGGGACAACCGGAAUCAGUCAGUUAUCCCGUGGACCUUCCUUCCCUCUCGUGGUUGUUUCCUGGAGGAAGUGUAAAGAGUUUAUGUUUGCCUUAAGGGAGCUUCGAAGGCUUCUGGGAAGGUCGAGCUUUACUAGAACGAACCGAACAUCGUCUAAUGUGUCUGUGGCUUCAGAGCUUUCGUUAUAUUGUUAUAUUGUGCCUAUAAAGCAAAUUAUGUUUACAUAAAACUAUAAAUAAAGUAUUCAGCAUAGCAUAA